AACAUUCAAUUAUUGAUGCCUUUGCUCAAGGCAAUUAAUAAGGGGGGGGAAAAAUUGCCUAAAGCUGAAUAUAUAAUGUCUUGACAAGAAUACUUCCUUAAUCUGGCCGAGGAAAUUGAACUGCACACUUUUUCUUUCUUUUAAAAUUUUUUAUGGAUCACUUGCUUGCCUCUUCCUCUUCUUCCAGUGUCUUUGGAAACCAAUAUCACGUUUUCUUGAGUUUCAGAGGAGAAGAUACUCGUAAAACAUUCAUAGGCCACCUUUACAGAGCUUUGCAACAAAAUGGAAUUCAGACUUUCAUCGAUGAUGAAGAGCUGAGGAGGGGAGAAGAAAUUUCACUUUCACUUAUUAAUGCAAUUAGAGGAUCAAAGAUAUCCAUCAUCAUCUUCUCCAAAAACUAUGCAUCUUCAUCAUGGUGUUUGGAUGAACUGGUUGAAAUUCUUAAAUGUAGAGAGUCACUUGGACAAUUGGUUUGGCCAGUCUUCUUCGACGUAGAUCCUUCUGAAGUGAGAAAUCACACAGGCAGUAUUGGAGAAGCAUUAGCUAAAUAUGAAGAAAGUUUGAAUAAGAAGGCAAAGCUGCUAAAGUGGAAGGCUGCUCUAAACAAAGCUUCCAAUCUAUCUGGAUGGCACUUAUCAAAUGGGUAUGUAAGAUUAUAUUUACUUGAAAAUAUAACUUAUGUUUUUUUUCUCUAUACAUAA